UUCCGAUCCCGGCAAUAACCCCGCGCCGGCGGCGUUAGGUCAGCCCUGUUGGGCCUCGCUCCGAAGCUCCGCCUUCGCUCAGGUCUUUCUAGAAACCCCGCUUUGCUCUUGGCGGUGCCGGACAGUUGCAGCGUCCCAGACGCGCGCGCGUGUGUGCCCUCCAUGGCGGAUACGACCCCGAACGGCCCCCAAGGGGCGGGCGCAGUGCAAUUCAUGAUGACCAAUAAACUGGACACAGCAAUGUGGCUUUCUCGCCUGUUCACAGUGUACUGUUCUGCUUUAUUCGUUCUGCCUCUUCUUGGGUUGCAUGAAGCAGCAAGCUUUUACCAACGCGCUUUGCUGGCAAAUGCUCUUACCAGUGCUCUGAGGCUGCACCAAAGAUUACCGCACUUCCAGUUAAGCAGAGCAUUCCUGGCCCAAGCUUUGCUAGAGGACAGCUGCCACUACCUGCUGUAUUCACUCAUCUUUGUCAAUUCCUACCCUGUUACAAUGAGUAUUUUCCCAGUCUUGUUAUUCUCUUUGCUUCAUGCUGCCACAUACACAAAAAAGGUUCUUGAUGCAAAGGGUUCAAAUAGUUUACCUCUGCUGAGAUCCAUCUUGGAUAAAUUAAGUGCUAAUCAACAGAAUAUUCUGAAAUUCAUUGCUUGUAAUGAAAUACUCUUGAUGCCUGCUACAGUUUUUAUGCUCUUUAGCGGUCAAGGAAGUUUGCUCCAGCCUUUUAUAUACUAUAGAUUUCUUACUCUCCGAUACUCUUCUCGAAGAAAUCCAUAUUGUCGGCUUGAAUUUUCAUGGACAGUUGCAGCAGUGCAGGUACCUUUUGAAAAGAAUAUAACUGAAGAUCAUAUGACUGAUACUUAGUGUCUGUUCUGAAAUAAUAAUGAAGACUAUCCUGUAGUUUAUAUACCCAGCAAAUCUUAUUGAAAGGUUAAACGGAAAGGUUUAUAGGUAAGGUGAUUGAUUGGGAAUGGUGCCUGAGGAGGCAUUUUGGGAGAAUAGUGUACAUUUCAGUUUCAUGCUGGAUAAAUAAAAUUGGGGGAAUUGGAUGUAUUAUGCAACUGUGAUUUGAGUUGUGUAAUAUGUUAAAUCCUACUUGUUGAGCUUCUAUCAACUAUAAAAUUUAUUUUGAUCUUUGUUGUUACAUGAUUGGAAAUGUCUAAAAUGUUGCAAAAAUUUUAGUACAGAAUAAUGUAAUGGUUUUUGUAACCAAUUUUCUUCUGUCUGCAUGUAAUAUGGAUUCUUCAAAUACAUUUAUUGGUAAUUUAUUAGUAACAUCAGGUUUUUGUUGUUCAACUUUCAGAUCUAUAGGAAUGUGACAUCUACUUGAUAGCUCAACCAUAACCAGCUCUUUUUGUAAUAUUUUUCUACUAAGUUAGAGAAGAGGCCUCAUAAUAUACAGUUGAUUUUGUGUAUGUACAUGUUUGUGGCUCAUUAUCACUAUAUAUGUAAUCUGAUGAUUUCAAGAACUAAAUUUUCUAGAGCAAUAAAGUGACUAUAAUGUUAA